AGAGGGAGGAGGAGGGAGGGAGGCUCAAUGGAAAAGUAGUGAAAGGAAGAAAUUCCACUCUAGAGUAAUAGAAAAAAAACAUCGACUUUAAACUUAGUCGCGCAGUACGGGAAGGCUUUCAGCGAAAUAGCCACGAAACGUUAUACUUUGUACUUUUUAAGUCUGUUUUGAACUAGUCCAGUAUGAGUUGUUUCAGUCAUUUACUUUGUUGAAGAAAGAACGUCUUGGAUUUAUAUGCGUGUACCUAAAGGUUCUUAAGACAGUGAUUUUUAAGAAAUCAUUGUGUUAUCAGCUCACUAAAACGGUUUCCUUUUUUUCUUUUAGUACAUCCCUUUUUUGCAUAAAUUAAUGUAAUAUAAUAUUUACAGGCACUCGGCUCUAUCUGCUUGCAAUUAAGGAAACAAGCACUCGAACAACUUUUAAGCUCCAAGUGCUAAACUUCGCAUUUUUCUUCUCGGAGAAUGACUCCCUGAGAGGAUCAAAGAAGAAAGGAACUUUUGUCGCGCUUUCAUAAAUUUGAGGACUGUACCAAAUCUAAGGAACGAUAAUGGGAAUACCUUUCAGACAGCUUUUGAUGCCUGUGUUUCUUUCAUUUUGCUCCACCUGGACACCAGGGAGCGCCCAGGCAGGUGGCAAGUUUCAUGAGAGCCCACGCAACAUCACCACAUCGCUGGGAAAAGAAUUGACAUUGAUCUGUAAAAUAUAUUGGGUUGGGCCAGCUCCAGAAAUCGAGUGGCUGCGGGAUGGCGAGCCUGUUGAUGAACAUGACACCAAUCAAAUCCAGGUGCCCAUGGACACAGACGAUGAGGUCCUUGUUGUGGGCGAGCUCAGGAUCUCCAAGGCCCAGCUGCCGGAUAUGGGGGGAUACCAAUGUGCUGUCACAGCAGACGAUGUGGAGAUCCUAUCAGAUGAAGGUUAUCUGGUGCUGGAAGGUUUACCUCAUUUCACUGAAGAACCUCAGAAUUUUGCUGUAGUAGCAAACCAGGCCUUUAACCUCACCUGUCGUGCCCAAGGCCCCCCUGACCCAGUCAGGGUCAUCUGGCUGCAGAAUGAUGCCCCCCUUAACUUACUUCAGGAUGACAUGGCCCUGUCUCCUUCAACACUCUCCAUCCAAGGUUUGAAUAAAUCCAGUACAUUUUCUUGUGAAGCACACAAUAAGAAAGGUGUGACAACCUCCAAGACUGGACACAUACGAGUUCUACCUGAUAAACCUCAAAACCUGCACUUGACAUCCAAAAAGACUGAUUCCCUGGACAUCUCAUGGACACCAGGAUUUGGAGGAGAUUAUGAAGUGACUGUUUGUACUGUGCAGGCUACAAGCUUUAUGGAAGAUAACCACAGUGUCAUCCCCAGUGACCUGAUCUACAAGCAGAAUGUCCGUAUUCCCCUUGAAAGCCACACAAUCCCAGGACUGGAGCCAUUUACAGAGUAUCGGGUUCGAGUGGCUUGCUUGACCAGCGAAGGCAUGUCCCAAUGGACGGACUGGGCAGUCAUGGUGACAGAAGAGGGAGUGCCAGAUUCUCCUCCUGCUAAUGUCACUACUCAAGUCAAUGGCACCAUAGCUGUGGUGUGGUGGAGUCAACCAGCAGGACAAGUGAAUGGAAUUCUGAGAGGAUACCGUGUGGCCUACCAGGGUGACAGUUACUCCGAGGAAGUGCUGGAUGUUGGACUGACCAAUGAGACAACAGUGAACCUGACGCUGUCUUUUGCCAACUUCUCUGUGAGGGUCAGCGCGUACACUGGAGCUGGUGAUGGCCCAUGGAGUGAAGCAGUCAUUCUCAUCCUCAAUGAACCUAAGGCUCAGGAAGUCAUUUCAGAAGAUGCAUCCAUUGGCCACUUUUCUUGGCACUGGUGGUACGUCGUUGUAGCAAUUUCUGGAGCCAUUGCCUGUGCCAUACUGGUGGCUGUUUACAUCGCUCGACUUCGGCGAAAAGAGACUCGUUUUGGGGAAGCUUUUGAGCCUAUGAUGGAACGAGGUGAACUGGUAGUCAGAUAUCGAGCUCAGCGGUCCUACUGCCGUCGAACAAUGGAGGCAACCUUAAACAGCUUAGGAAUCAGCGAUGACCUGAAGGAGAAGCUACAAGAUGUAAUGGUGGAUCGGCACAAACUAGCAUUGGGCAAGACUCUUGGUGAAGGGGAAUUUGGAUCUGUCAUGGCUGGACAACUUACGCAGGAAGACUACAUCCUGAAAGUGGCAGUGAAAACCAUGAAAAUAGCUAUCUGCACACGAAGCGAGAUGGAAGACUUCUUACGGGAGGCUGCCUGCAUGAAGGAGUUUGACCACCCAAAUGUUAUGAGGCUCCUAGGGGUCUGCUUACAGAAUGUGGAAAGUGAAGGAUAUCCCUCGCCAGUUGUCAUUCUGCCCUUCAUGAAGCAUGGAGAUCUCCAUAGCUACCUUCUUUAUUCCAGACUUGGAGACAGUCCUCAUUACUUACCAGUUCAGAUGUUGGUUAAGUUUAUGACGGACAUUGCCAGAGGAAUGGAGUAUCUCAGCAAUAAAAAUUUUAUUCAUCGUGAUCUUGCUGCAAGAAAUUGCAUGCUGAACGAGAACAUGACGGUCUGUGUGGCAGAUUUUGGGCUGUCCAAGAAGAUCUACAAUGGUGAUUAUUACAGACAAGGCAGAAUUUCCAAGAUGCCAGUCAAGUGGAUUGCUAUUGAGAGUCUUGCAGACCGUGUCUACACAACCAAAAGUGAUGUGUGGUCCUUCGGAGUAACUAUGUGGGAGAUCGCCACCCGGGGACAGACACCUUAUCCAGGUGUAGAAAACAGUGAGAUUUAUGAUUACCUUCGGCAAGGAAAUCGUCUGAAGCAGCCACCAGACUGCCUGGAUGGAAUAUAUACUCUGAUGUUUUCAUGCUGGCUUUUAAGUCCAAAAGAGAGGCCUGGAUUUGAGCAUCUACGCUGUGAGCUGGAAAAAAUUCAGGAGGAUCUACCAGACCUUCAAGAUCCUGAAGAAAUUCUGUAUGUCAAUAUGGAGGAACCUGGUUCUCAGAGUAGGAAUGACGCUGGUGAGCUAGGUGCAGUAGGGGGAAGUGAACCUCCUGAUAGUCUCAAACACCUUCCUUGUUCUUUUCUUAGUGCCCCCACUAAGGGAGGCACCACUGUCACGGCAGAUAUCCACCCACCAGGCCGUUAUGUCCUAUGCCCUCAGCAUGAGACUACCAGACUUCUUAGUGAGUCUUUGGAAAGUUUGAACCAGACAGAGAAUGCUAGCCAACUUGAUGGGGAAGGACCAGCACUGCCCUCUACUGUCCAUGGUGUGCUUUAUAAGCCACCCCAUGAACAAUGACAAAUGUCCCUCAGGAGCAGAACUCUUCUGGAUUUCAGUGAAGGAAAUAGCUAAACUCAACUACCUUCUUCAGUUGGCUUCAUUGUAUGGCCAUCAAAAGAAGGCCACACUCUUGUUUGUUGAUGUGCCCCAAAAAAACCUUCCAAUACCUAACCAGUCCAUUGUGAGGCUUUUCCUUGGAUGUGUUCUGCAUACAAGUCAUUGGACUUCUACAGCAUUUGAUUGGUAUUGGUUACAUUUUUGAGUUCAAUUCUAGUUUUUUAAACCAUAAAAAGGGAAUAUGUGGGAUUCAAAUUGCAACUUUGAAGGCAACUGAAUCCUGGUUAGAACUUCAGACCAGCUUGAGCUCUGCCUUACAAAUCCAGCUCCCAGCAUCAUAGACAAGAUGGUCCUUCACUGCCAGGAUAUCACUCUUGAUUGACUGAAUUCCAUAAUGGUGUCCCAAUAAAUCACCCAGACAGGAAACAUACAACAUUACCAUUGUAGCUCUGGUGACAAAAGAUGGAAGAGAAUCAUCAAGUCUGGAGAACCUGGGGACCCAGAUAGGAUUAAUGACCUCAAAAAGAAGUGCGAUGAAAGGACAAGAUGGAGAUCUGAAUGUGCUCAUGCUAAUAAGUAGAUCCUUAAAAUGUACAUGUUGUGCCAAAGGACAAGCCCGUUUAUUGGAUCUAUGGUCAGUGAGGAUUUAAACACCGGUGUCACUCAUUCCAGUCCCACAUCCAGUCCCUUCUUUCAUCUCCAUGUUGAUCCAGUUUCUACUCAUAUAUCAUUGUGAGAUGUUUAUUUUUAAUGUCAGGAACUUUCUUCCAUUUUCUUCUUAUUUUUUUGUAUUUGAGAUGAUCAGUGUGUGAAUGUAUGCUUGUCACUGCCACCGCACUCCCUGCUGAUAAGCAAUGUUGGCAAGCUUCAUAAUGGGGCCAGUUAAAGAGUGAAUGGACGACUUGAGUGUACUGGAGACCUAACCACUGAUGGUGUCAAUGGAGUUUUGUUUCUGGCCUAUAAGAUGGCACAAAGACAAAGAGGUCUGGGUCAAAUGUAACACCUCUUUGUGGAAUUUUGGAGGUUGUGAGUGGACAAUGAAACAAUACUUCAAGUGUAAGAGAGUGCGCCAGCUCCCCAUUGACUGACUCAGUCCUUGUUCAAGUCUCUGAACAAAAAAGAACCGUUGAAUGGACGGCUUCUUCUGAAGACCAAAGAAAACAUGGAUUUACUGAACUUUUGUAUUAAUUAUCUACUUACGACAUAGGGUCACUAGCUAAAGCACAAUAGAGUAAUAAUUUCAAAGGGGGACACAAACUUCCACCAUAUAUUUUGCACUAAUAUAACUUUCCUACAUAUCUUGUGCCUUUCUGCUCUGCAUUCUCUUUUCAUGCUGCAUCCUCGUCUUUUAGCCAGUUUGCUCUUCUGACCUCAAAGGGGAGCUUGGAAGGAUGUGGCAGUUGAGCCCGCCGCGUGCUAACUCUGUUGCCCUGAUUUGUAUGAGUUUUGAUUGUAUGACUUUAUGCACUUUGUGACAGCGUGUCACUGUGUCCUGUAAAGCAGGAUGAGACUGUCAGAAGUAACUGUGUGGCAUGUUAUGCAGACAACAAUAUGCUCUCCUCUACUUUACCGUCCCAUCAACAACCAGAAUGUGAUGUCAUUCUAUUUCUUGGUUUUAUCUGCACUACCUUUUAGGAAAGCAUCACAUACCUUCUGCUCUUACUGCCUUUCAGUUUGCCAGUUUAUUAAAGCAUAAGUAGUGGUACUAAGUACAGUGAAAAUGUAACACACAUGUCCAACUAACAUACAACAUAUCAUCAUCCCCUGAUAAACAAAAAUGGAUUCAAAUACAGAACUUUAUCAUAUGUGAUAGAAAAUACAUAUCAGCUUACUUAAUAAAGGUGGCCAAAUCACUACUCAUCCACCCAGCAAUAAAUCAAAUCAGCAAGAAGUAGUUGGGAAUUGAUGUCCAUCAAGGCCCAGUUCUCUACCACAUCUUGAACCAGUUCAACCCCUCCAAAUUCUAACAGCAGCCCUUUUAACUGGUAGCCCUUUUGCACUGCAGUUAAAGGCCGAUGACCGAGCUGAUUCAAGGACAUGGGGUGCAUAUAGUCCAGUGUAACAGGAACCAUAUCUUAAACGACAAUACAGUGGCUAAAUCAUGUCAUCCAGAUUAUUGGUGAUUUUAUUUUUAUCUGUAUAAUCAGAAUAAGACCAUUACAACUGCAAGAAAAGAAAUUUAAUAGAAAAUGACAGAAAUAAAGCUUGGUCAAUUGAUCUAAUCCAAUUCUUGGUAUCUGUGUCUGUCAGGGCUCACUCACUCACAAACGGGACCAACUGACACACAUGGAGUCCAUUGACACACACAGGGCCCACUAAUGCAUAUAAAGCCCACUGAUGCACAUGGGAUGCCUAGACACAUACAGCGGCCCCACUCACUCAUUAACAGGGCCCAUUGAUGAAACACACAGAACCAACUGACACACAUAGAGCCCACUGACACACACAUUGGUCCUACUGAGAUAUACAUGGCCCACUGACACACACAAACGGGUCCCACAGCUAUAAACACUGGUCCUAAUUACACACACACACAGCCCACUCACUCAGUAACGGGGCCCGCUGCUGCACACACAGAACCAACUGCCACACAUAGAGCCCAUUGACACAAACAGUGACACACACACAUCGGUCCUAUUGAGACAAACAGGGCCCACUCAUACAUAGGGUCCACUGCCACACACACAAACAGGUCCCACAGAUACAAACAAUGGUCCUAAUUAAACACACACAUACACCAGGCACACUCGCUCAGUAACAGGGCUUGCUGAUACACACACAAAACACACUGAUACACAUAGAGCCCAUUGUCACAAACAGGGUCCUAUUGAGACACACAGGGCCCACAUAGGGUCCGCUGAGUCACACAUGCACACACACAGGACCCUGACACUCACUAACCAGAGGACAAUGGUAAACACACAGGACCCUCUCAGUUAUUAACAAGGGCCCACUCAUGCACAGAGAGCCCCCUCACACAUAUAGGGGUCACUCAUACACACACACACACCAGGGUCACUGACAAACACAGAGGGCCCUCUCUCACACACACACACGGGGCUAAUUUGAAGUCAUCCAUCAAACCAACAAAUGCUGUUGAGAUUACACCAGCAGUACAUCCCAGACACAACAUGCGAACUCCCCACAGACAACAACCAAACAUAGAAUUUAAGUCAGAGUUAGCAGCAGCACUAUCCACUGUGCCACCAUACUGCAGAAUGGUGCUGUGCAAAGUAACCGGCCUUGAUGUUUAGGCAUCCUGGGCCUCUAAAUAACUCAACCUCCCUGCGCUUCAAAGAUAAUAAAAAUGUGUCAAGAACUACACUGUUGUGGGCAUGGAGCGCACAGUAAAUGGAUGACAUAUUUAAUAUGGUUUAACCCACACAAACGCCAGUUCAGUUCCUGCCUUUGACUCUCCCAAUGUCCGUGAGCCGGCCAUUUAGCAUGCCUGUGCUCUAUAACAUAUAUACACAUACAACCAUUUUGUAGCUCUAUACUUGUAAAGAUUCUUAUAGACUGACACUAUAUACAACAGCACUUUUUUUUUGUUUGCUUGUUUUUGAUGUUUUUAACCCUUUAAAUUACUGGCAUAGUUACAGAGUGAUUUUAUAGAAGCAAAUCACCUUUUCUGCAUAUCGGAUGCAAUUGAUUAAUACGUCAUAAUCUCCUCAGACUCUGAUCUGCUGUGAUCCCUACACUCAGACUCUAACCUAUUACAAUAGUAAAGGCACAUUAUCCCUGAACAUGAGGCUGCCAUUAUACUAUCAAGCACAAACCAAAUUCACCCUAAGGGGACAAUGGAAUCCCAAACUUGUUAAACCCACCCCUAGUCUGGCCACCACUUUGUCCCUGCUCCAUCUGAUCUGUCAUCAGUACGUUGAACUUGUUAAUUUGUCUCUGCGUCAUCCGCGCUAUGAUUUGAAAAUAAGGAUGAAGGAAUUGUUCAAAGUUUAGAAGGAUUGUACAAAGUUUAUGUUAUGCCUGUUGCCAUGGUGAACAGUAAAAUGCUAUUUUUUCACUUAUGAUUUUUUUUGUACUUUUAGCUAAACGGAGUAUGUUACUCUUAACUUUAACCUAACCCUAACCUGAUUUCUAUCUUCUACAUAUCACUUUAAUCAAAAGAAUGAACAAAGUCGACACUAAUGUUCAUUUAGCAAACUCAGCCUCAUUUGCGCUAUGUCUGCUGGUUUAAUUUGAAGAUGAACUUCUACACAUUAGGACAGACCAGCGCUUGAGCAGCACAAGUUGUAAUAGUGUUUGUCGCUCAAAUGCCACUGAUCAUAUGGCCAUGAAAGCGAGUGUGAAAAACCCUCCAGCAUCUACCAUGCUUUGUACCAAGUUACAAGACUGAAGCAAAGCAACUGUAAUUCUUUAGCUGUUGGCUCACUCAAACGCAGUCACAUUCUGUCUGUCUUGGUAUUGUCUGGUGAUUAAAUUAUGAAAACCAGUGAAUAGGACUGGUGAACUUUGAUGGAAUGAAUUGCCAGUCCUCAUCAAAAUUCAUCUAAUUAGUGCUGAGCAAAAAGAGUAGAGUUUCGAUUUGCAUAUAGUUUUAAGAAACUAGUGCUAAAAUUUGUUUUACAGAUCAUUUUAAAAAUGCCAAAUUCAUUAAAAACAUUUUUUGGGGAGCUUCAAAGUUUUUUAGGGGUGAAAAUGAUAAUGAAUAUUCUGACCUAAAACCUCAUUCACAGUUCUGUAUUUAUCUGUGUUCUUUUCCACAGCUGUGUAAUGCAGGUAAUUGCCUACACUGGUAAAACCGAUUAUGUUUUUGCCUCUCGUUCACAUCACUGCAGAGGAGCACAAUGUGUUUUUUUUUAUUUGACCUGCUGCAUAUUUUCCACAUGAAGACAUACCAUCAUACUCAUUACUGGAUUUUGUCCACAGGAAAGUCUCACGACACAGAAAGUUGCCUGCCUCCCACCUGGUCGACUGUUAACUUGAAACUGUCCUUUCCAGUUUCUUGAUUUCUGCAGAUGAGCUUGAUGGUAUGUAGACUCCACGUUAUUGAGCUUUCAGUUUCUUUGGGACUCAGAUCAACAAGAUUUUACCAGUAGAAUAUCCACAAUACACGUCUGACAGCACCACAAUAUGUCUACACAUGACCAGAAAUGAGUCUGGUAAUUUAUUUUCACUAGAGAUCUGUAUUUAAAUAGUAAAUGACACACAGAUGCAUACAGAAUUAAGGCAUGAAAUCGCUUCAAGACAGGAACUAAAAGACAUUUUUCAUGUGUCAAUGUCACAAAUUUUAAUAAAAGCGAAAUUUGUUUUGUACAUUUUUUUUUAUUAAUCAGAGUUCCACUGCAAACUUAAUUUCAAUCACAUUAUUUCACUCAUCACUAAUACUAAUGUACUGUUAAAUUAAUUAUUUUGUCUUCUUCUGAAAGUCGACUUGCUAAGUGGGUGUGCCAUCCGGUUGACUACUAUAACAUUACACGCACAUCUAGGCUUCUUCCAGUUUAUUGGGUUAAUGCUGGAAACACAGCUCUAGCAAUAUGAGUCAAAUCUCACUUGAAGCUAUAAGAGCAGUACAGGGAAGUCACAGUAAGUUUCUGAUUAAUUUGAAAAUAAGAUCAGCUAAACCCAAGAAUUCCACUGUUUCCGUGUGACGUAUGGGUUAUGACAGGCCUAACUUAGGAGGCCUUUUGGUUACUCCCCUAUGAAGCAAGCAGGAUGUGUAAAAAUGUUCAUCCGAGUUAUUUAAUUUCUGUAUUUUCUGGGUGCAAUAAGAGGAAUGCAACAGGAGAGGCAGAACUUGAGCUAACCAUGCAUUUAAAAUUUUAACUUUCUAACCAAUGUGCCUUUAUCUAUGAGGAGAUUUGUGUUUGUACUGUAGAAUACACAUUUGGUGUGUCUGUCCAGAAGAAAAUACUUUAUCAUUUUUAAAAGAGUUCUAUAUAAAUAGCAAAACAAGUCUACAGAUCUAUGUACAGUUUGUAUACGUUGUAUGUGAGAAAAUCUCUCUGUGCCUGAGAGUGGCUGCGAGGAUGUGCAGAUUUUCAACACUCAGGGCACAUAUCUGCUUUUCUUUUAAUAAAACUAUUUAAAAAAUG